AUGAAGUCCUUCGCUCUGCUUACAGCCUCUGCGCUGCUGAGCACUGCCUCUGCUGAGGUUUACAAGCUCAAGAUCGGAAAGGUUCCUCUGGACGAUCAGUUCUCAACUCACAACAUCGAAGAGCAUGUCAAGGGCCUUGGCCAGAAGUACAUGGGCUACCGCCCUAACGCCAACCAGGGUUUCCAAGACACCUCUUUCAAGCCCAGCAGCGGUCACGACGUCCUGGUCGACAACUUCCUGAACGCCCAGUAUUUCUCCGAGAUCUCCAUCGGUACCCCGCCCCAGACCUUCAAGGUCGUUCUAGACACGGGUAGCUCCAACUUGUGGGUCCCGUCAUCGCAGUGCACCUCUAUUGCCUGCUUCCUUCACACCAAGUAUGACUCGUCUGCCUCGAGCACCUACAAGGAGAACGGCACCGAGUUCUCCAUCCAGUAUGGAUCCGGCAGCCUGAGCGGUUUCGUGUCUCAGGACACCCUGAAGAUCGGCGAUCUGAAGGUCGCUAAGCAGGACUUUGCCGAGGCCACCAGCGAACCCGGCCUGGCCUUUGCCUUCGGUCGUUUCGAUGGUAUCCUGGGUCUGGGAUACGACACCAUCUCCGUCAACAAGAUGGUCCCUCCUUUCUACAACAUGAUCAACCAGAAGCUUCUGGACGAGCCCAAGUUUGCUUUCUACCUUGGCGACGCUAACAAGGAUGGCGAUAACUCCGAGGCCACCUUCGGUGGUGUGGACAAGAGCCACUACACUGGUGAGCUGAUCAACAUCCCUCUUCGCCGAAAGGCUUACUGGGAGGUUGAAUUCAACGCCAUUGCCCUCGGCGAUAACGUUGCCGAGCUGGAGGACACCGGUGUCAUCCUUGACACUGGUACCUCGCUCAUUGCUCUGCCCUCUACCAUGGCCGAGCUUCUGAACAAGGAGAUCGGUGCCGAGAAGGGCCUCACUGGACAGUACACUGUUGACUGUGCCAAGCGUGACUCGCUUCCCGACCUCACCUUCACCCUCAGCGGCCACAACUUCACCAUCACCUCUUAUGACUACAUCCUGGAGGUCCAGGGCUCCUGCAUCAGCAGCUUUAUGGGAAUGGACUUCCCCGAGCCCGUCGGCCCUCUGGCCAUUCUGGGUGACUCGUUCCUGCGCAAGUGGUACAGUGUCUAUGACCUGGGCAACAACGCUGUUGGUCUGGCCAAGGCCAAAUAA